AUGGAAAUCAACAAAACAGAGCAAGGUAUUUCCACAGCAUAUUCACAACGUAGUGAGAGCGCCGAUAACUUUAGCCAAACAGGAAGAGGCUGCGCUGGACAGACUUCAGCUGAUAAUCUAUUUCUUCGAAAAAAUGUCAGUGGAUCGCUGGCAUCCUCAAUGCAUUCAUUCGAUUAUGAGGCCGUGGAAGAGGGACCGUGGUUUCGUCAACAGAAAGCGUGCGAAUAUUUAACAUCUCUGCUCACGCUGCUUUAUGGCUUACUGGUUGUUACAUUCGCUUUGAUACUCGAGAUUUUUCAAAAAUUUGGUGGUGAUGAUUGGCUAGCCGAAAUGCUGUUUUAUGUAUAUAUGUACGGUGCUGGCAUCGCAUUCUUUUCUUACUGCUACAUUUUCAUGCUAUAUCCUGGAUGGUUCAAUCAUCUGCAGCAUAUUCUGCAGCAAGCUAAAUUAAUUCCUUCGCAAAAGAUAUCGAUCAUCGGAUCAAGAUCGCUUGCAAAGCUCGGAACAAUGCAUCUGGUGGCCGUGAAUUUAUGGCUGUGGUGUCAUAACGUGCUUGUCAAAGAGUCCGCCAAAGCGAUGAAAACAGCUGUGGACGCCGAUGAACACCAGAACACUGUCCGCUCAACACUGGUCUUAUCAUAAAUACAGUUGCCGCUUAAAAAGCUCUCCGGUUUGGUGGUAAGUACCACUCAUGAGCCAUUAUUGAACGACCAGACACGGCCUGGGCUCUAUUCGGCUCAUUAUCUUGGCGAUGUAGCAACUUAUCUGGCAACAGCUGUCGUUGAAUUUUCAUUAAUC